AUGGGGGAUCGGGACCGGGAUUACGAGGAGGGAUCUCCCGACCCGGAGUCACUCUACACCAAGGAAUACUGCAUCGGUGGAGGAAGCUUCGGAAAGGUCUACAAAGGAGUGGACAAGCGAACAGGCCAUGCAGUUGCCAUCAAGAUCAUUGAUAUCGAGAGUGCCGAAGACGAGGUCGAGGAUAUCAUACAAGAGAUUGCGAUUCUGUCAGAGCUUCAGUCACCAUAUGUCACCAAGUAUUAUGGGUCAUACGCAAAGGGGGCCGAGCUAUGGAUUGUCAUGGAGUUCUGCUCCGGUGGAAGCUGCGCCGACCUCAUGAAGCCCGGUUUGAUCGGCGAGGAGUACAUUGCUAUCGUUGUACGAGAGCUGUUGCUCGGACUAGACUACCUCCAUGCGGACAAAAAGCUUCAUCGGGACGUCAAAGCUGCAAAUGUGUUACUUGCAGCCAAUGGACAAGUCAAGUUAGCAGAUUUCGGCGUCUCGGGCCAGCUGAGCGCCACCAUGACCAAGAAGAACACAUUCGUAGGCACACCCUUCUGGAUGGCGCCCGAAGUGAUAAAACAAAGCGGCUACGAUCACAAGGCAGAUAUCUGGUCACUGGGUAUUACAGCUCUCGAACUAGCCAACGGCGAGCCGCCGUAUGCCGACAUUCAUCCGAUGAAGGUUCUGUUCUUGAUCCCCAAGAAUCCACCCCCGCGCCUUGAAGGAAACUUCACCAAGGCCUUCAAGGACUUUAUCGAGCUAUGUCUGCAGCGCGACCCAAAGGACAGGCCCUCCGCCAGGGAGCUGCUGCGGCACCCGUUCGUCCGUCACGCCAAAAAGACGAGCUAUCUGACAGAGUUGAUCGAGCGCCACAGCCGCUGGAGCUCGACGCACAAGAGCGAGAACGAUGAGGAAUUAGACAGUCAGUCAGACGAUGAGCAACAGCGUCAACAGCAGGCUGCUGACCGGGCGGCGGUCAAUGAGGACAUGUGGGACUUUGGUACCGUCAGGCUUGUUGGCGAGCGUGGCCACAUCAUUCACCGCCCGGGACUGCUCAAUCCCCUGGACGAGUCUGCCACCAAUGCGCGGGCAACGAGAGCCCACGAGACAGAAUUCGAGCAAAGUCGCCAACGGCAUCGUAGCGAGAGCCCAACCAAGAGGCUGUCGCAACAGCAGUUGGACAAUGACACGGUCAAGUCAAGACAGGUCAGCCCCCAAAGGAGACCAGUCCCGAGUUCGCCAGGGAAAACAACAGUACAGAAAAUAGAAAGAGAGCCAGAGACACCGAGGGCAGUCUUAAAGCCAGCCCCUGUCAGCUUCGACAGUGCGCCCUCGCCAGAUUACGAUAGAGAGCUACAACAGCAGUUACAGCGCGAGAUGAAUGGGAUGAACAUCGGUGAUAUGAUAGAGCCCGGUCACAAAGAGAGGACGGGAUUGAUACCAAAGACAGGACCGGCUGCUUCUCAAGCUCAGAAGCCACUGGCCCAUAUAGGCCCAAUUAAGCUGCCAGAAAUACCACCAUUUCGUGGUAAACACGCGGGAUCCAGUCAACCUGCAGCACAGCCACAAACGCGCCAAUACCAACCACCACAGCCAAGGCAAAUGCAACAGCACGAACUUCCUCCUCAGCCACCAUACCGAGCACGAGAUGACACCCCCGAGCCACCGCAGCACCAACAGUUACCCACGCCACGGCCCUUGCAAACACAAGCACUACAGCACCAGCAGCAGCAGCAGCAGCAGCAGCAGCAACCAGGCACACCACAGCACCAGGACUUCCCCUCGCCGGCGCCGGCGCCGCCCAACGGGGAGAUGGACGCCCUCAACGAUGUCAUCUUCCCCGCGCUUGAGGAGGCGCUCAAAAGGCGGCAGAUUCGACUUCAGCAACAAAUUCAAGCGAUGCCACCCGGUGCGCCGUCACAGUUCGCCGGCGGUGCCCCCGCCCCCACCCCACGGCAGCAGCGGGCAGAGGCGGCGCACGAAAAGAUACGGAAGCUCGUAUACCGGCUCGCGCACAUGUGCAAGGAGAUCGACCACUAUGACAAGUCUGAGCCGGUCCAUAUGGACACGGGCAAGGACGCAGGAGGUACAUUCCUUGAGGGGUUUUUGGAGGAGAUCAUGUUGAGGGUCGAACCGUUUGAUGAAGGCGAGGGCAACACCACGAGGAGGUCCAGAGUCAUUGGUCGCCCAAUAAAAAUGCCUGCGAGAAAAGAAACAUGA